AUGGCGACACGAAGCGAUACGCCGUCCAAGUCUGGCGGCGCUGAUAUCGCGCUGGCCGAAGCGAUACAACAAGAAAAUGAUCUGACUUUUUGGGAAGCAGUGAAGUUGUAUCCGAAGGCGGUGGGGUGGUCAGCUUUCGUCUCGAUAGGCGUCAUCAUGCUAGCAUUUGAUCCCCAAAUUAUCGGAAAUAUGUUCGCGAUGCCUCAAUUCCAAAAAGACUUUGGAUUUGAGCUGGACGGCGAGUAUGUCAUUUCCGCGGCGUGGCAGACCGGCUUAUCAUUAGGAAACCCCAUCGGACAAGUAGUCGGCGCACUAUUCUCCGCUUAUCCUUUGGAAUUGUUCGGUCGCAAAUGGACAUUUUUUACUUGCAUCGUCCUUACAGCAUGUCUCGUCUUCAUCCAAUUCUGGGCGCGCUCGCUCCAAGUCUUACUCGUCGGAGAAUUGCUGGGGGGUCUAGUACUUGGAUGUUUCGUUGUCAUUGGCCCAACAUACGCUUCCGAGGUCUGUCCUGUGGCGCUCCGUGGAUUUCUGACGAGUUAUACCAAUCUCUGCUUCGUCACCGGCCAGCUUCUUGGGAAUGGGAUCACUGCUGGGACGGCCCCGCUUGAAAAUCAUUGGGCGUAUAGCAUUCCAUUCGCGUUGCAGUGGUUUUGGGUUCUGAUCAUUAUUCCUGGCAUAGUCUUCAUCCCGGAAUCACCUUGGUGGUUAGUCCGCAAGGGCAGGGUGGAUGAUGCUAGAGAUGCUCUGCGUCGCUUGUCAUCUGCGAAAGUAGACGUCAACGCGACCCUAGCUGUCAUUGCCGAAACCGACAGACUUGAGUUGGAAAUGGAAGCUGGCAGCACUUACUUGGACACCAUCAAGGGUGUCAAUCUGCGACGAACUGAGAUAUCUACCGGCGUAUAUACUACGCAAGUCCUCAGUGGUAUAUACCUCAUCAACUAUGGGACGUACUUCUUCGAACAGGCUGGACUACCCACCCAGGACGCGUUCUACAUGGGUAUCGGUUUCCUUGCUAUGGGCUGGGUUUGUACUGUUAUAUCUUGGUUUCUUCUCGCGCGUUUUGGCCGAAGACGCAUAUUCAAUGUUGGCUUGUUUUUCCUCAUUGUCUUGAUGUUCAUUAUCGGCAUUCUAGAUAGCAUACCGGGUCGUCCUUCAGGUGUUGCUUGGGCUGAAAGCACACUCAUGAUGAUAUGGAAUGGUGUGUACGAUCUGUCGGUGGGGCCCAUCACGUUCGUGAUCCUUGGAGAGUGUUCGGCGACGCGUGUCCGAUCCAAAACGAUUGCGGUAGCCACCGCAGUGCAAGCAGUUUUCGGCAUCGCGAUGACGGUCGCGAUUCCAUAUAUGAUCAAUCCUGCCGAGGCGAACAUGCAGGGCAAGCUAGGAUACUUCUUUGGUGGGCUUGGAAUUAUCUGUCUCGUUUGGGGCUACUUCCGUAUUCCUGAGACUAAAGGUAGAUCUUAUGAAGAGCUAGAUCUGCUCUUCGAUAAGAAAGUACCUGCGAGACAAUUCAAAGGAUACCAAGUGGACAUUGCCGCGGUUUCGGCCGAGACAUGA